AUGAAGUUCACAUUCAAAUUCCCACUUUCAACACUUUUAAAGUACAAGCCAGGAAAGUUUAACUUUCAAUUAGAACAGGAUAUCCGUCAAAAACUAGACUCAUUACCAUCUGUAACGAGGAUUUACACCAAUCCAGACGGAACGCCAAGAGUACCUUCAGAUGAAGAAUUCAAGACUAUAGGUGAAUUACAAAAUUUAUACUACAAAAGAAAUCACUCCGAAUGGAAUUAUAUAUUACCUGGAGUUUCAAGAGACCAAUUAAAAUUGUUUGAAGAUAAUUCACAAGAUUUAAACCAUUUCCAGUUUGUAACCAAGGACGCAGGUAAAAUUAUUGACAAAAUUCCAUACAAGGAUGAACAAACGGGAGGUUUAAAGUGGAAAAUAAUUAGAGAAACACCAAAAGCUGAAGGAUGGGAAAUCCCAUAUUUUUACAUUGUGUUGCCAGUUUUUGCUUAUAUACUUUAUGUCAAGUAUACUGCGCAGAUGAAAGCAAGGGAAGUUGAGGGUCCAGAUUGGGCAGAAAAGGAGUUGAGAUUGAGAGCUAUGGAAGAAUACUUUCAUGGUGACACUGCCAAGGCAAAGGAGUUUUUGAGCAAUGAAAACAAAUCUGAUAAGGAAAUCAGAGAAAGAGACGACUUGGUUAUUGCUAGAAUCUUGGCUGGCGAUUAUGAUAAAUUAGCACAAUUAAAAAAGAAGUUGCCCAAGGAUUUGAUCAAAGUGGAUGAAGAUCCGAUCUUUAAGUACUAA